ACGCGCCAAUUUUGAACGCGGUGUAACAAACACAGACAAGACCACUGUCAAGAACGAAAACAUUUAUUUUGUUAUACUUUUUUUGCUUGAAAUAACUUCAUUGGUUUCUAAACUCUUUAACAGAAACCCCAGAAUUUGCAUGUUUCAUUAUUAUCUGAUGAAAUGAAUGUUUUACAAAUGAGUCAGGUGGAUAAUUUGAUCCCAGAACACAUAAAGUCAUCUUUAAAUGAAGCAGAAAUCGACAGUGACGGAGAAAUCAAUAUGGAAAGAGUUCCUUUUGCUAAAAACACUAUCAGAAUGGAUCUUAAACAAAUAGAUAGAAGUUUAAAGGCCAUGAGUGCACAGAAUCAAAACAAAGAAAAUUUGAAGAACAGUGAUUCAGAUGAAAAUCAAAAUAGAUCUUGCACUCCUACUAAUGAGAUAGAAGUGCCUGGGCAACCUCUUACACCAACAGCUAAUCUUAAAGUGCUAUUUAAUGCUAUGAGUCCAGAACUUAGACACAGAGAUGAAUUAAAACAAGCUACUUCAGAUGAAGAAAGUCCCAUUAACAGUCAAGAUUAUCAAUUUGAAACUAUCAUAGAACUUAGUGCUCAAGAACUUGGUCCACAGUAUGGACCUUCUAGGAAAGAAAAAUCACUUGGAUUAUUGUGUCAAAAGUUUUUACAAAAGUACCCAGAGCAUCCAGAAUAUGGAGAGAAGAUACACAUAUGUUUAGACGAAGUUGCAAAGGAAUUACAGGUGGAAAGAAGAAGGAUCUAUGAUAUUGUUAAUGUGUUAGAAAGUGUGGAGAUAGUCAGUCGUGUUGCUAAAAACAAAUAUGCCUGGCAUGGGAAAGCCAACUUACCCACUACACUUGCCAAAUUGAAGGCACUAGGUGACAGUGAAGGUUUUGGGGAGCAAAUACAAAGAUUGAAGGAUUAUGAGUUUAACAGGGAGUUAGAGGAACAGUUUGGCAGAUGUGAUCCUAGAACCAAAAAAGUUCCAGAACCAGACUUUUCAAUAUUUGGAGAAAAUUCACUUUUUAAUCAAGCUGCCUUAAGAAAGGACAAAUCACUAGGAAUAAUGAGUCAGAAGUUUCUUAUGUUGUUUCUAGUUUCUAGGCCAAAGACAGUAAAUUUGGAUCUCUCGGCAAAGUUGUUAAUUGGAGAUGCUAAUAUUGAUAGGACAGAAAAUGCCAAAUUUAAAACUAAGAUACGUCGCUUAUAUGACAUUGCAAAUAUAUUGACCAGUCUGGAUCUGAUUCGUAAAGUCCAUGUUACUGAGAUUAGGGGAAGAAAACCAGCAUUUAAAUAUAUAGGUCCUGAUAUAGAUGAAAACAAAGAUUUACAACUUGCAUGUUGCAGUGAUGGCUGUCAUAGACCUACAUCUAGACAUUCCAUGUUAGACUGUAUACAAAAUAAUAGAGUUGCAAAGAUUAUGGACUCGUACAAAAGUAUAAAACCAGUUACAGCAGGAAUAGCAGGAGAAAGUACUGGUAAUUAUAAUUUUUUUUUCAUUAACUUUCAAUUUAGGUUUCGGAUGAAAUUUUGGGGAUUCCCGUCAUCCUGUUUGAACUUUUAUGCUGUAGCAUCUGUUGAAACCAAUAAGUUAAAUGCCUCCUCAGAGCCCUCUAGUCCUGUUAAAGUGGAGAAAACUCAUGAUGUGUCAGCAUUACAGAAAAAGUUUGUUACAUUAUCACAUCUGGAUGCCUCAAAAAUAAGGAUAGGUGGGAGUGGGGAUGAUUCUCAAUCCAAGCUGCCAACUAAAGGAUUUGUUAGGAGAAAAGUUCUCAUGAAAAGUGAUGAAGUAAAUGCAUUAAAGUCGCCAUCAGCUGGUCAACAAGGUAGUGAAGCUAUUAUCAUUAAAGCUACUAAAUCAGUCGGUGUGAAAAGCGGCAAACAGCCUACAGUUAUCCCACUCACUAAAGAGCAGAUUGAUGCAGUUCUUAGAUCAUUGAAAGUGCCAGUGCCUGUUAGUAAAGGUCAGUUAAACGAUGCUGCAACACAAGUUUCAUCUGUUGAGGAACAGGUCCAGCCUGAAACUGAAGUGUUAAGUGAAGAAAUUUCUUCAGAGGAAAUGCAAGUAGUGAAUGAGCAAACACCUAUAUUGACAGUUAAUACUCCUGAAAAGGGUAUUAAACGUCCAAUAGGAGUAGCAGACAGUAUUCCUCCUGAAAAGAGGGUUAAAUUAGAUUUUCCAUCUCCUUGCUCAGAAGAUGAUGGUUCACCUUAUUCUGGAAAUCAGGAAAACCCGUUGAUCAGGUUCAGAAAGAAAGUAGUGGAUACCGUUAAACCUUCACCUCAAAGGGCGUUGCAUUUAACGCCUGAAUUUGUAAAUCCUUCAGAGAAAAAUAUGGCUCCUAGAGGGGAUGCAUCUAAUCUAGAUCAUGAUCAGUUGGAAUGUACUGGAGAGGACAGACAGAAACCAGUUAGCAAAAAAAUUGAAAUUAUUAUAAAUGAAUCUGCAAUGGAGUCUAAUAGUUUGCUCAAUGUGUCAAAUUCAAAUCCCAACCAUAUCUCUGUGACAAAUAGCCCUGUUAGUGUUGUUUCAAGUCCUGCAAGCCGGACAGUAGUUCAACUGUCUAAUCAACCAACCACACUCUUGCAACUUCCAUUUGUAAGCAUACAGGGUCAAGGCCAUCAGAAAAUAGGUCAGCCAAUGACAGUUCCACUAGCUAUGUCCCAAAAUGUACAGAUUGUUCAAGGUGGCCAGCAAGUUGUUCAGUUACCUGUAACUUUUAGCCCGUCUUCAACGGCAAACAACACUGGAACCAGUCCAAGGGUAUAUACCUACUCGUUACCUAGCAACCAAUCCAAUAUCACUGUCACAAACCUUCAGCUUAUUCCACAAACCACCAUUAAAGGAACAUCAGGUGUAACUACUAUUGUUCGACCAGUACCAACAAAAGCUACUGCUUCACUAAAUCCUGGCUCCCAAAUUGUUCCCCCUCAAGUUCUGACCAGUUCCCCUUUAACCUAUGUUAGUAAAGCCCCAGGUGGGUUCAUUCCAAUAUCUGGUUCAUCUGUACCAAAAAUUAUACUCUCUGCAAAGCCCAGCCUAGAAUCUUCUACCUCUGGAUCUGUUGCUGUUGACAGCUCAUAAAUAUUCAUAGGAUUUUAAAUUAAUUAGUUCAUGGAUAUUCAUCACUUGUGCUUUCAUUGUUAAGUAUUCGUUAAAGAUGAUUUUAGUAUUGUUUUUAAGUGCUUUUAACUCUAAAGAUAUGUCUAUUUAAUGAAUUGUUUCUAGUCUUUAAGUUGUAGGAUGAUUAGAAAAUUAGCCUUUAUAUCUAAAGUACUUGUAUCCUGGUACAAGAUUUUAGGAGGCAUGUGUGUUUGUCUGGAAUAACUUUAAAUGGUUUAACAGUAGUGAACUAGAUGUGAAUGUAAAUCAAGAUAUAUGAAGAGAGAUGUUUAUUUAUAGAUUAAUGUAUAUGCAAGAAUAAAGUUUUCAGUUGGAUAGCUUAUAAAGAAUCGGAGAGUCUAGGUAAUAUUUUAAAAGCUGCAGAAUUUACUUUAGAUGAAAAACAAAUUAUGAAAAGGUUCUUACUGAGGGACAACAUAUUUGUGAAAAUGUAAAGGUGAAAUACACCGUGUACAUGUAAAAUUGCAAGUUGACAUGUUCGGUUAGGGCAGAUUUAUUCGAGUUGCUUGUACAUGUGCUCACUAAGAUCACUUCAGUAUGUGUGCCUAAAGAUUCAUGUGCUUUUGAAAAUCUGUUUUUCAAUUCUUGUGCAUAUUGUGCCUAAAGAUCUUUACUACCUAUAAAAUGUUUUUGUCUAUUUAUGAAAAAUAUGUAAAAGAUGCAUGUAGAACUAAAGUGUGUGUAUGUGUAAUGUAAAUUAAAGAUGGCGAUGAAAUUUUGACUGUCAAAUGAAACUGGUGCUUCCUUGAAUCAAAGUAUUAAGUAUCAACAAGCUUUCUUAUCAUGGAAUCUUGCAUGUAAAUUAUUCCUGGAUAGAAAACUUGUUGACAUCCCUGUGAAGAAACGUAGUGGGCUCAUGAUAAGCUGUAACUGAUGAGAUAGUUUGUAUAAGAAGUAAUAAAACUUAUUCAGUAAACAAUUUCGUGAAUGAACAGUAAAUGAUCUUACAGAUUCGCAUAUUCAUGUGAAUUAGUUGUUAAAACUGAAUUAAUAACUUUAUUGCAAGAUGAGUUUAGCUCAGACAUGUCACAAUAAAAAGAAUUUGAUUUAUUGUAAGCACCAUUAAGAAAUUAACGUUGAUAUGCCAUCUUGUGUGAAAAUACCUGUUAUUUGUGUAUAUGCUAUCUUGUACAAAAAGUAAGUAUUCAGUAAGCUUAUUCCUAGAAUAAGCUGGCCAAUGUAUGAAUAAUUUAUGUACAGAUGUUCUAAUGAAUUUAUAACCUUAAAGGACCUGAUUUAAAUGGCUAUAAUUGAAGUGUGACAUAAUAUUCUUAGUUUGCCACUUAUUUAUUUUGUGUAACCCGAGGCAGCAUAAUUUAUUGGUUAUUACAUUUAAUUUGUAUAGUAAGAUACAUUGCAGUAGCUAAAGUGUAGUAAGUAUAUACAUGUAUAUUCAUAUAAAUUAUUUUAAUUAUUAUUUCUAUUUUCAUGAGUCUUUAUAUUCUGUUCUGUAGCUAUAUACAUUUUGUUUGUGUUUUUGUGUGUGUUUAAAGAUUGGUUUUUUUUUUAGAUUUACUGGAGACUGCUUUGAAAAAAUAACUUCUGAUAUUACGAGAGGUAUUAACAACACAUUGUCUUAAUACUCCAGAGUUAAUGUACAGAAUAAAUUUUUAAAAUAUUUAGAUAUAAGUUAUAUGGUGUAAACAGAAAUUUUUGUUAAUGAACAAAAUUUGGAUAUUCUAGAUUUUUUUCAAAAGUAUUAAAAUGCUUUGCAUGUACGUGUUUGUAUCAUGUAAGACUUGGACAAGAGAGUUUCAUUUGUUGUUAAUGUAAUGAAUUGUGUGAGAGUAGUUAUUGUUAUCCUGACUUUCAAAACAAGUCUUUCAGUAAUCCCUUAAUUGUACAUUUUGAUCUCUUUGAAAUUUUGUCAUGCUUUCUUUGAGACAUGUCUGUAUGUAGUAUGAAUGUAUGUUGUUUUCAUACAAUGUCUUUUCCUCGCUUUCUAUCCAUUUGUUGAAUUCCCUGUAAACAUAAGCAUUACAUAUCUAAAUUUUAAAGGCAUGGUUGAACAUUUAAAUAUUCAGUUAUGUAUUUAGAUUUGAUAUUAAGUGGUAAUACUUGCGCUGUGACAUUGUUGCUAUUUUGUGAUUUAAUGAACUGAUUUCAUAGUUUAAGUACCAAGAGUAUUUUUAAAAAAAAGAAAGAAGAUAAAUAACACACUAAAUUAUCAAGUCUUUGGUAAACACCUAUGUGAUGUGUGUUUUUAUACCAAGCUUUGAACUUGUUAGCAAAAAUACCCACCUAAAGUUGUAAUAGCUGUUUAAUAAGGGAGGGGGAUUGUGUUUAAGUUGUGUGUGUGAUUGUGUAGGAAGUGGUUUGUUAAUGUGCGAAAUAAUGUGUACAGAACUGUAACUUGCUCAAUAUGUUUGAUUGAUUGUACACAGCCUCCUGUAAGGGUUUUUUAUAUCACAUGUAGACAUAGUAUAGUAAUUGUAAUAAAAUGGUAGUAUAAAUAUCUCCAUGGUUUUGGACACUGCAAGUUCUUAAUUUUUCAUAACAUAAUUAAAGAGAAAACAUGAAAUUUAAAGCAAAAAAAAAUCUAACAAAAUUGUCAAAGAAAACAGGCUUAGCAGAAUGAAUAAAUAUGUAAUUGAAUUAAAUUAUUUCUUCAAUAGGUUUUCUUUCAUUUAACCAUAUCUUCUUAAUUACAUUUACAUAGGAAAGGUUACUUUAGGCGCCAACUCUUUCUUAACCAGGCAUUAUUAUCAAAGUAUUAAUUUAUUUGUUUGCAUUGAAAUGGACACAUAUCUUAUAAAAAUUUCUUAUGCUAAAUGUGUAGAACCAGAAUUGUGAUUCAUGACAUGCUUGACUUUGGUAGGGAAGUCACAUUUAAACAUGACUAGUUCUAUAAUCAAAUCUGGGCAUAUUCAUUUACACAAGGUAAGCCAGACAAAAGGUUUAGAAAAGCAAUAUGCAGGUAACUAAUGAUUAUUGAGUUUUAUUGGUGAGAUUUUAUCUAAAUGAUAUUUUACUGAGGAAUUUUAGAUUGUAUUAAACAUGAUUUUAUUGUAUUUGUGCUGACUCAAGUUCCAAUUCUUUCAGCUUAGAUAUUUAUUGUUACGUAUACACAAUUUGGUUUUUAUCAUUAAUUAUUCUUUCCAGUAAUGUUUUAUAAUACAGUGUUAUAUUUCUCACUUGUGAAUGUGAUUUCAGUGGACAAUAUAUACAAUGAGGCAGAUAUACAAUUUGUAGACUUAUUUAGCGUGUUGAAAUCUAGUAGCAACAGUGAAAGUCCAAUCUCACUAGUGUAGAGCCAGAUCAGCAUGUAUAUAUGGUCACCUUAGUGCAGUAACAGGUUAACUCAUAUUAAAUUAGAAAAGGAGUUAACCUGUUACUGCACUCGGGUGACAAUGUGUGUAAUCUCACCUGACUAUACUUACUGAUGUAUUAUCUUUGUAUUUGAUAAUGAAAUCCUUUUAACUAUUAUGAAACUACCAGAUACAUAGCAGCCCAUUUCACAAAAGUUAAUAUUGAUGUAUUAAAAAGAAAAAUGUUUUGUAAUGCAGGUUACUUUAAUUGUUGUAUUAAGUAUAAAAGUAAUAAUAUGUAGAAUAAUUGUAAGAUUCUUUACAUCAUUGUCAGUUGUCGACAAGUUUGUUACUAUGUAACAGUCGCAGAAUUUACAAGUUUACAUAAAUGUCUGAUUGGCUAAAUGUAUUUUAAUGAUAAAAUUGGAAUGAAAGUAGGUACCCAUACACAGGUUGUAUGGAGCAGAUAAUUGUUACAGGCUAACAGUUUUUUUUUCCAAAGAUAUUUCUAAAAGAUGCAUGAUUUUUUUGUGUGAACAACUGUUAUUACAAGUAUUUGGUUUUGUUUUAACCCUUUUGAUUGGUAACCAUAAUAAAAACACCUUACUACAGUGUUCACUGAUUCCAUUUUAACAUUAUUUUUUUAAACUUUUUUUUAUCUAUCAAGCCUAUGUAAUGGCAGUAAAUUGUUCCAAAAUAAAUGCAAGGCUUGUGCAUAGAUACUGAAAACUAAGUACGGAGUGUUUCCUGAAACAAUUUAAAACUGGUAUUGAUGUCUUAGUUAUUAAUAUUCACGAAUUGUUAGAAUUUGGUCAACAUGAAAAUGUUUCAGACAGUUUCAAGUAAUGUUAGCAAUGAUUGAUGAUUAUAUGUUCAUGCACAAUCAACCUGUGUUGAAUGCACUUAGAAGUAUGCACUUAGAUAGGGCAGAUAGAUGAUAUGCAGAAUUUGCUUAUCAUUUAGGGUAAUUUAUAAGUAAUAAAAACUACUAUAAUGUACUUUAAGUAUUCAGUUCAAUAAAUUAACAUGGGUAAAAGUUAAGUUUGGAAUGUUGAUACUCCUGAAACUCGGCUCUUUCUGCUAUCAAUUUAAGUAAAAAACAUUGUAAUUCAAGAUUUGUUGACAUUUUAAACUUUUACCCAUGUUAGUACUAUACAACCAUGUAUUACAUGUUGGUGAAAUGUUCUCUUUCAUGAUAAGUACUUUAGGUUUAUUACACUAUCUUAGUAUUGUUUUAUAACAUGUGAAUGCUCACUGUGUGCUGAUUGCAUCAUUUAUUUUAUAUUAUAUUUUCAAACCAAACUGCCUGUGUCAUAGAGUAGAAAAUUAGUUUGGUUUGGAUGUGCAAUUGUACAUAACAAUUGUAAUCAGUUGCAAAAAAUUGCAAAAUAAAUGUAAUUUAUUUUUCA